AGUGAAACGCACACUCGCCGUGGCAGAACUGACACAAGUCCAAACAGCGGCUAGACUACGAGUCAGCUGCAGUCGGCAUGUCGACCCACCAAUGGCUGCCGCUCCUGUGCGUCCUAAUACUGCGUAUGGAUAAGGCCUCGUCUGAAGACGUUGCCUUCCAAUGUACGUCGCCUGGCUUCUUCCCUGAUUCCUUGGAUUGCCACAACUUCUACAGAUGCGACGAGAGUCUGAAUGUCAUCCGUGGUACCUGCACCCCUUACGGACACUUCGACCCAGUAGAUACUUGCGUCUGGGGAGGCUGCACGAACCCCGUUACUACCACCACCACGCCAGCGCCCACGACAACAGGCUUCAUAUGCACUACAUCAGGAUACUUCCCUGACCCAAGCGAUUGCCGCGCGUUUUAUCAAUGCAGCAAUGCUCUAGUGGCGACUCAUGGUUUCUGCAUGGCAGGCAAAGGAUUUUAUAACACUGAAACUCUUGGAUGUGAGAUAGGAACCUGUUAGGUUAUUCUGAGUUUCGAAUGAGAUAACUCGUGACUUGUCGUCAUUGCUCUGAAGAGCUUCAUUUUUGAAAACUACUUAUGAUAUUUGUUGAGAACUUAAAGUGGAUGUUUCUGGAUUUUUAAUAUAGAAAAUUAUAUGAUACUUUGGAAUGUGGAAGUAAAUGUUGAGUUUAUGACCCAA